AUGUUGAAGUCGAUCGUGCCUUUGUAUCCGGUCUACAAGAUCAAACUUCGUCUCUCGAUAUGUGACCCCGACAUACCGAGCCCUGCCAUCCAUACCAUUAUCUUCGUGGAGACCGGAACCCAUGGCCACGGCUCGGGUUUCCAGCACUAUGUCACCGGCGACUGUGUGCGAGGCAUGCAUUACGAAACGAAGCGCUGCCCUGGCCCCAGCAAGUUAGAGAACCUCUGCUCAAAGGAACUCAUCGGUCACGUCGAGGCCUCGAGCUACCCGAAAGAAAUUGACAACGUUCUCCGCGCGCUGCCAGCGCCUCCCAGGCAGAAGGCAUUCAACUUGUCCACGAUGAAGACUGAGCCCGUCAAAUGCUGGGAUCCCUUGACCUUUUAUGGCCCUGGCGAUGUCCGCGAGCCCUUGAAAAAGUGUACCGAGUGGACCGAAGAGGACGCCAUCCCGGCCCUGAUCAGAGCGGGUGCCAUUGUGCCGAAGAAGUAA